AUUUUCAUGUUUGAUUGUGAUUUAGCCACGGUCUUCAUUACUACCCCUUCUACCGCUUCAGCCGUCAUAGUACCCGAUGCAGUCCGAUACCAGGUAUAGAUCGACUCUUCCUAUCUGCGGGCCUGAUCGCAAGUAUAUCAAGAAGUCCCAGGUUAAAUUCACCCGGCCAGCCCAGAUGAGUCUGUUCGCUCGAGUAACAAGCUAUCCCCCCUUGGGUCAGAUAACAUGUCUCAAGAGCGCUGAGCCGCUUCGCUUCACAGUAGUUCUCGAGUCCAGUACUACAUUCCCUAUCCAACCAUGGGAGGUGCACGUAUGGCACAAUAUCACUGCGAGCUCCGAAUGGACAGCACUGCCGCUCCAGAGAUGCGACUCCUCCGUCGCACCGCUCAUCAACAGCAAUGCAGAGGAGUACCACUACUUCCGCAACGUCUUCUCCGGGGAAAUUGGCCCGCCUGAAAACCCGGGUCAUGCUCAAUUCACCGUGAGGUACCGGGUCAACUCCGAUGCGGAAUGGCAAUGGGUCAACCAGCAGCAACACAUCAGCGACGGAGAGCUUCUCUUCCCCGCCCAGACGCCAACCAUUGACUUAGAAGAGCCGGCGCCGGCGACGGAUUUCGCCAAGUACUUUAAGAGCCUCUCGUCGUAUGUCGCGGUUCAGCCGCGCAGGAGCGAAGCGCCCGGGUCCAACCUCUGGCAUGUCACGGGGCCGGUCACUGCCGCGCUCGAGGGACAGUCGGGCCUCACGAACCUGUCGCUCGGGGUGCCCGCUUCCGUGGUGCGGUAUUUUGCCCUGGUGCGGAUUUGGAGCCCGUGGCUGGGGCCGCGGCAUGGGAAGGGGAGCUUCGCGUUGAGUGAAGAUGCGAUUCUAUGUUCGUUUCUGCGGACGGAUGGGGUGCAUGUGGUUCUUUUGGCUGUGUCGGGGGUGGACGAUGUCCUGACAUUGUUUGAAUCUGGAGAGGACGGGGCGGUGGUGGUCAAGGCUAAGAAUGAUAGCACACAAGCAGCCAGGUUCCAGAUCCUGGCUGCAGCUGCGCAUGAUUUCGAGGUGGCGAUGAGUGCUGUGGUCUACGAGGCUCGGAAGUUGACCCGGCCGUACGCCGAGCAGGCUGAAUCCACCCGCGUGCCAACCCCGGUGUCUCCACCGGGGGAUGAUAUCGUGGUGGUCGAGAAGGAUAAGGAUGUCAAAGCCCAGUGGCUUGCGGAAUGGUACGAUGGUCUGACGUACUGUACCUGGAACGGCCUGGGACAGGACCUGACGGAGGAGAAGAUCCUCCGUGGGCUGGACUCGUUAAAAUCGCACGGCAUCAAGAUAGCCAAUCUGAUCAUCGAUGAUAACUGGCAGACAUUAGAUAAAGGUGACUCCCAGUUCACCCGAGGUUGGAAACAGUUUGAAGGAAACCCGGAUGCUUUCCCCAAGGGCUUCAAGCAGACCAUCCAGAAGAUUCGGACCACCUAUCCGAACAUCCAUCAUAUCGCAGUGUGGCAUGCCAUGCUGGGGUACUGGGGCGGCAUCUCGCCCGACGGUGAACUGGCGAAGCUGUAUAAGACCAAGAGAAUAGAGAUCACAGACCCAGCAGCGGGAGGCCCGAUUGCGCACGCCUUCGAGCGGGGGUCGCUAUUAGCCAUCGACCCAGACGACAUUCAAAGAUUCUUCGACGACUUCUACAACUAUCUCGCCUCGGUGGGCGUUGACUCGGUCAAGGCCGACGCGCAGUUCUUCCUCGACCUGAUCAAGGACCCCGCUGACCGCAAGCGGUUCAUGAAUUCGUAUCUCGAUGCAUGGUCCAUCUCAACUCUGAAGCACUUCAGCACCCGGGCGAUCUCGUGCAUGUCGAUGAUCCCCCAGGCAAUCUUCCACUCCCAGCUGCCGACCAACAAACCGACGAUCCCGCUCCGCAACUCGGACGACUUCUUCCCCAACAUCGAGUCCUCCCACCCGUGGCACGUAUUCUGCAACGCCCACAACGCUCUGCUUACGAGGUACCUGAACGUCGUGCCGGACUGGGACAUGUUCCAGACCAGCCACCCCUACGCGGGCUUCCACGCCGCCGCGCGCUGCGUCUCCGGCGGGCCCAUCUACAUCACCGACGAGCCGGGCAAGCACAACCUCGGCCUCAUCGACCAGAUGACCGCGCCGACCAUCCACGGCGCGACCGUCAUCCUCCGGCCUGGACUAGUCGGCCGCACGCUGGACGUCUACCAAGACUACAGCGAAGGCCACGUGCUGCGCGUCGGCACAUACACGGGCUGGGCCCGCACCGGCAGCGGUAUUUUGGGACUCUUCAACAUCUCCAGCGCAGACAGAACCUCCAUCAUCCACCUCCGCGAUUUCCCGGGCAUCCACCCCGACUCGACGGGCGAAUACAUCGUCCGCGCCCACACCAGCGGCAAGAUCGCCGAAACCCUGCAGGUCUCCGACGCGAAAGCCCUGGUCUCCGUCGAAGUCAAGCACAGGGGCUGGGAGAUUCUGACCGCGUACCCGACGCACGCCUUCUCCCUGACCCCGCAUAACACGUCUCAAUCCUCAACCGCCGCAAACCCAACACCAACAACAACAACGAAAGUGGCCGUCCUCGGCCUUCUCGGCAAGAUGACCGGCGCCGCCGCCCUCGCCAACUCGGACAUCUACAUCGAAAACAACGGCCGGCUCCGCGCGGACAUCAGCCUCAAGGCGCUCGGCACAUUGGGGGUGUAUUUUUCGGAUCUGCCAAGGUGGGAUAUCGAUGGGAACUUCAUGGUGACGAUUCUGGGAAAGCCGGUGCCGCGGAAGACGGUGUGGAAGGUGGGGGCUGCGGAGGAGAGGGAUCGAGGUGAUGGUAAUGAGGAGGGCGCAAGGGUUCUGGCGGUGGAUGUGUUGGCGGCGUAUAAGGAGAUGGGGUUGCGGCCGGGUUGGAGUAAUGAGGUUUUGGUCGAGAUCUUUGUGCGGUGAGUAGCACUCAUGAGUCUGGUUUCUUGAUCAGAUGGGAAGCGUGCAUGUGUGGAAGUAGGCCUGGGUUUAGGGCUACUCACAGACGACCCAGAGGAAAGUCUAAGAAGUCCAAGCGGCUGUAGGAGGAUGAGACGAGAAGAGAAAUCAUAUUCAUACC